UCAUCAAGGUAGCUUAGGAAGCUCACGUGCGUUUUUUGUUUAUACCGGGACUGUCAGUUUCGUCGCGUAUUGUUGGGGUUUCGCGCGGUGUCGCUAGCUUUUUUAGUGUGAAGUGCCAGUGAAUUUGUUGGAACGCCGGUUAAUUUUCAGACAUCUGUGCUUGGAACCGCCUCAACCUAACCUCCAAAAUGUAAGACUCACGCCCGAGAUACCCAUUUACUCGAUCCAAAAUGCCUCAGACCAUACUACGUGGUCAUAGCCACCUGAACGGCCACAGUCACGUGAACGGUCACAGCCACAACGGUCACAUAGGCCACAACGGUUACGUACCCAACAGUGUGAACGUUUUCAGUGGACACAGCAGUCAUAGUGGACCCAACGGUCAUAACGGACUUAUCAGUCAUAGUGGACUACUCGGUCAUAGUGGACAGAACGGACAUAACGGUGCUCAUGUGGGUCACAACGGUCACAAUGGACACAGCCAUAGCAACGGACACACUUCGUUUUAUCACCAGAAUGGACAUGCGAAAACUAACGGGCAUAUAGGUGCUAAUGGAAAUACUAGGGCUUAUAUGAACGGACAUGCGCACAAACCAGAAGACAAGCACUCCACAUUGUCCAGAUACUGUACGACAGAGCGCAGGAAAAGUUCGUCCAACUACCAAGCAAUCAAAAGGUCUUGUAGGGAGAGAGGAAGCCUUUUCGAGGAUCCAGAUUUUCCUGCUGGCCCUAAGGCACUGUAUUGUCACAAGAAACCCCCUCUACAGCCCAUAGUAUGGAUGAGACCACAUGAAAUCUGUCAGAGGCCUCACUUCAUGGGAGAAGCUACUGGUGAUAAUUCGCGAUUUUCUGUAGAAGCCGGCGAACUGGGAGACCAGUGGCUUUUGGCGGCUGUCGCCUCUUUGGCCUUGACUCCCAAAUUCCUGGAGAGGGUGAUUCCUCCCGAUCAAGGAUUUGAAAGCACCAGUUCUUACUGCGGAGCAUUCAGAUUCCGAUUUUGGCACUUUGGCGAAUGGAGAGAAGUUGUUAUAGACGACAAACUUCCUACGUACAAAGGGAGGCUGGUUCAUCUUUAUUGUUCGAAUACAACGGACUUUUGGGCGGCUCUGCUAGAAAAAGCUUAUGCAAAAUUCUAUGGAUGCUACGAGCAGUUAUCCCAAGGAUCAACAACAAGAGCUCUGCAGGACCUAACUGGGGGAAUAGUACAAAGCUUCGGACUAACGCACCAAGACAGGUUUCUCACCUUUCAAGUGUUAAACAGUGCGGUUCCUAGGUCUAGUCUACUGAUAGCUACUAUAACUCAGGAAAAGGAUAACAAGCGACAGCUACGCCUGCGCAAUGGUCUCAUCACCCAACACGCAUAUAGCGUCACGGGCUUAGCCAGGGUGAGGGGGGUUAACGGUGAAGUGCCCCUGGUAAGGUUGAGGAAUCCCUGGGCUAGGGGCGAGUGGACGGGCCCCUGGAGUGACAGGUCCUGGGAAUGGGAUGGACUGUCUGCUCGAGAUAAGGAGCUGUUGAGUGUCAGAGUCACUAAUGACGGAGAAUUCUGGAUGUCGUUUGAGGAUUUUUCUCGUCAUUUCACCCAGUUGGAUCUAGUCCACAUAGGGCCUGACGACUGGAUGAUGGAGGUAGCUUUACACUCGAAACAACCAUGGAGGGCAGUGCUGGCGAGGAGAAGAUGGAGGGCGGGGUACAAUGCUGGAGGAGGACCGUCUUAUAUUGAGACAACGGCCAUGAACCCACAAUUCCACGUUCAAAUACCGAGGACGUCGAGCAAUAAGUGUCACGUAGUCGUAUCCAUCACACAGUUCUACGAGACGAACGUGUUAGAUGCCAAAAAGAAGAGGCCUCUAUAUGCCAUAGGAUUCGCCGUGUACGAAGUGCCCCCUUCCAUGCAAAGACUGACCCCGCAUUUCGUUACCGAACAGAAACCACUGGACGUAACAAAUCAUUCCAUAGCGAGGGAGGUGGUGACGUUUUUCACACUGCCCCCUGGCGAAUACAUUGUAGUACCUCAAACCAACAUACCAAAUCUGGACGGAAAAUUUCUUCUGAGGAUAUUUACCGACGAGCAAAGUAAUAUUUGGGAAGUUAACGAGGACAAUAUGAUUAUAAGAAAUAUCGCAGCAGAAUUUAUGGAUGAAUCCACCUCACCAAUAUCUGCCGAUGGAAAGUCGGCAUUGGCCAAACUCUUAGUGAAAUACCCUCCAGAAGUCGACGCUAGUCAGUUGCAGAAAAUCCUAAAAGCCCACUGGAGGCUGUGCCUGUCGGAGAAGCCCAGCUUGGAGUUCUGCAAGAGCCUAAUCAUGCUGAGGGACUGCAACAUCAGUGGGAGGAUAAAUCUUAUAGACAUUCCCGUCUUGAUGCACAUGCUACACUUCUGGAGAUUGGCGUUCCAGAAAUUCGAGAGGGGCCACAGCAGCGGCAAGACGUCAAGUUAUAACCUGCGCGCGCUACUUUGGGAAGCCGGUUGUACGGUCAGCAACAAAGUUUUGGAGUGCCUCGUGCUUAGGUUCGCGAAGAACAGGAUUCUCACUACCGAAAACUAUAUCAUGGCACUCGUCCGUCUGCAUCUGUCACACGAACGUUACCAUAAUCUGGACACGAAGAUGAAGAGCAACCCUUUAUCGUUGGAAGAAAUGAUCCUGAUGACGAUUUACUCGUGAGGUAGGACGAAAGUGACAAGAGCUCCAGCGCCCAUUUUAAAGCCAAAGAAUGUAGUUUUAAUACCUUUUAGUCAUGCAGUACUUAUUAAAUAACGUGCUAAUGUAUAAACCCGCUGUAUAUAGUCUGUAUUUAAUACCUUUAUUUAUUAAUUCUGUCCACAGAAACAACGUGCAAUGUAUAAAACUAGUUUUAUUAUAUCGAGUAAAGAACUAAUAUAUUCAUAACGUGAAUAAAAGUGUG